GUAUGUGAAAAGUUUAUCAUAACAUACAUAACAUGAUACAGAGAAACUGAGAUAAGAAAGCAGUGAACAGAAAGAGAGUCGAAAGCUUUUAUUUCUAACUCAGUAGAAAAUCAUGUACGUGACAAGGCCUCUGUCUUCGCUUAGAAGGUCUCCUGAGCUACUCAAUUCAGCACCCAAAGAGGGUCCGAAUUCUGGUUAUCUGGUUCUCUUUGACGAAGAAUGUGAAACAACAACUUGUUUCGGAUUGUCUAAAGAAACCUCAAUCAAAGCCCUUCCCUUUCCUCAGAACAAGGAUCUAACUGUUACUUAUACAACAAGCACUGGAGAGAACACCACCACCUAUUACGAUGAUGUUGUUUUUGUUCCAGUGCUAGAUCAACCCCUCUCUUCCAAUCAGUACUAUGUGAUUCGCCGCCAAGGAAAACAUAAAGGUGAAGCCAGCGCUAGUUCAACAGAAGAUGACAUGGGAACAUGCUGUUGCUGCACAUACAUUAAAGACGUCAAGCCCAGACCGUUGGAUCCUUUAGACAUCUAUCAACAAGUUCAGAUCAUCCAAAAGCGUCGUGGAAGCUUCACAGCAACAUCAGUCGCUGAAAACAGCUUUCCUCCUACAUUUUUGAGGAGAAAAUACUGGCACCUCCGCAUGCGGACUCCCCGCCAUUACCUACUAGAUGAAGCCCCUGGCCUCAACUCCUCCCUGAGAUCACAGCUUCCAGACCUCAAAAUCUUGUCCAAUUCAACUACUUCUGGAAGUAUGGUUGUCGGAAAAUGGUACUGCCCUUUUAUGUUCGUCAAGGAAUUAGAGGGACAACUCAAGGAGCAGAUGAAGAAUUCCAUGUUUUAUGAGAUGACACUUGAGCAGAGAUGGGAAAUGGUUUUUGAAUGUGACAACAUUGGAAACGACAUGAAAAUGGUAAAUGUUGAUGUGUUUGUUAACAGAGAAGAGGCCUGUGUUGAUGGAAAGAAAGCUAUAUGUGAAUGGGGUCAUGUUGAUGAUGGAGUUAUCUGGUUUAGAAGUUCAUCAGACGGUGGUAAAGGACAUGACCAAUCAGGAAGGUUACUCGGGUUGAGCAAAUUGAUAAUGGAGAGAAUAAGGUGGGAAGAAGAGAGAGUUGGGUUCACAGUGGAUGAGCUUGAAAGGCAAGUAAAUGUAAAGAGAACAGAUGAGUUUGAUGGAAAAGAGUGGGGCAAAUUUGGAUGCUAUGUUUUGGUAGAGAGGUUUGUGUUGAAGAGAGUAAACGGCACCGUUUUGUUGACACUUGAUUUUAAACAUACCAACCAAAUUAGGUGCAAAUGGGAAUGAGAAAUAUUGGACACUUCGAUACUGAAGAGUUGUUUGUGUUAUGCUCCUCUGUUUUGUUAUUUUUUUCCAUUGUGUGUUUUGUAUGUUAUAUUGCUAUCGGGCGAAGUACGUUUUAGUUCAUGAUUUUAUUUAUUUAUUCAAUUAUUAAUAUCUGAUUAAUAUGUGUGAGGAUUGCAAGUUAUUUAGUGUACGAAAUAUAUAAAUCAUAUUUUGCUA